AUUCCUUCUUCAUAUUUAUGAUAAAAAUACAAAUACACGCUUUACAUUUUUAUCCUAGCAAUAAAAAUCCCUUUUAUUGCAGGGAAUACAUUUCAUCGAGCACGAUAACCACCACAAGUAUACCAUCCCCAUCUCUAAUAGUAAGACGCUUUAGCGGUUGGCGAAUCAGCGGAAGUCAUGAGUACGUUAGAUGCCCUAUCAGACAGCCCUCUUCCAUCGACGACAGAUACUUCAGAAGAUCAUGUGAGCCAGAUUUUCCUCGGCCGUCUCCACUGUACCACCACCAUCACCACCACCACCACCACUUACCCUACAAGCCGUCAACCAGUAACGGGAACCCCGUCGUUUAUCACCGGUCCUCAGAUGAGUGA